AUGACCCACCAGCUACGAAAAUCCCACCCACUUAUUAAACUUAUUAACCAAACCCUUAUUGACCUCCCAACACCCUCAAACAUCUCAGCUUGUUGAAACUUUGGAUCACUACUAGGCCUAACCCUUCUAAUCCAGAUCCUAACAGGAGUCUUCUUAAUAAUGCACUUCUCAUCGGGUGACACCAUAGCAUUUUCAUCUGUCGCCUACACCUCCCGUGAAGUUUGGUUCGGGUGGCUUAUUCGCGGCCUCCACAUAAACGGGGCCUCUCUCUUCUUCAUAUUCAUCUUCCUCCACAUCGGACGAGGCCUAUACUACGCAUCCUACCUUCACGAGAGCACGUGAAAUGUCGGAGUAAUUAUACUCCUACUCCUGAUAGCCACUGCAUUCAUAGGCUACGUCCUCCCGUGAGGACAAAUAUCGUUCUGGGGAGCAACCGUAAUUACAAAUCUACUAUCCGCCACACCCUACGUUGGAAGCACUGUUGUACCCUGAAUCUGAGGCGGCCCCUCUGUAGACAACGCAACACUCAUACGCUUCACCGCCCUACACUUCAUUCUCCCUUUUGCCCUAUUAGCCUCACUAGUUACCCACCUAAUCUUCCUACACGAACGAGGAUCCUUCAACCCCCUAGGAGUCAACUCGAAUACUGACAAAAUCCCAUUCCACCCCUACUAUACCCUAAAAGACACCCUUGGAGCAGCACUAGCCGCCUCAGCACUACUCACCCUCGCCCUCUAUUUACCAACCUUAUUAAGCGACCCUGAAAACUUUACCCAAGCAAACUCCAUAAUUACCCCCACACACAUUAAACCAGAAUGGUACUUCUUAUUCGCCUACGCUAUUCUACGAUCCACCCCUAACAAACUAGGAGGAGUACUAGCCAUGUUUUCAUCUAUUCUAAUCCUACUUCUAAUGCCCUUCUUACACACAACUAAACAGCAACCGAUAUCAACACGCCCCAUGUCUCAGCUCCUAUUCUGGGCCCUCGUCCUAGACUUCUUCGUACUCACAUGAAUCGGAGGUCAACCAGUAAACUCCACAUACAUCUUAAUGGGCCAAACCGCCUCCGUGCUCUACUUCGCCAUCAUCCUCAUCCUCAUACCCACAAUCGGACUCCUGGAAAACAAAAUAACUAGCU